UGCCAAAAAAACUUUUACUGGAUGGUAAUGUUUGUGGGGGAAAGACGUCAAAUCUGAAAGAGGCAAAAUUCACAGCUCCGAAUUUAGCGCAGAUGUUCAAAGAUCCCAGACUGGCGGAAGGGGUCUCAGGGCCAAGAUCUGGAUCUUACACCAACUGUUAUUAUGUCUGAAAAAAGUUACUCCCUUUCUCAGAUACUUAAUUUCUUUCUUUGUGAGACUGGGAUUUAGCGGGAACCUUACAGCACUAACUAAAGCUUUGUAGUGGAGGAGACACAGGUUUUUCUUAGGAAGCGGUAUUGAAAAUAUGAAAACCAAGGUCUUGAGGUUUGCAAUUCACUGAACUUUCACUAGCCCCAGGAUGCUUCCGUUGCCCCGGCAACCGCCCGGCUAAGUGGUCCCCAGAGUGUCGCUAAGGAAGCUGGGAAGAGCUCUGUCCUCUCCAAGAUGGCGGCAACGACAAGGGCGGGGUCCGGAGCCGCCAGCAUGUCUAAACCUUUUCCUCCUUUUCCUUUUUUUCAUACUAACGGCGAGCUUCCAUCAACACUUGUUCUUUUUCCUGGUUCAGAGAGUCCCGGAGCAGAGACAGAAGGGGUGCCCGCAGGGAUUGGGGCAAAUACCCAAGGGGAGAGGCGGGACUUCCGCGUCCAACCGGAAGUGACGCGACAGUCGCGGUCGCCGCCAGGUGGAACGGCAGACCCAGUUUCCUAUUCCCCUCCCGAACUGGGCAGUUAGCCAGUCGGCCCCAGCUCUCGGAACCAUGUUUGCAGACUUAGACUAUGACAUCGAGGAGGAUAAAUUAGGAAUCCCCACUGUGCCCGGGAAGGUCACCCUGCAGAAGGAUGCUCAGAACCUGAUUGGCAUCAGCAUCGGAGGAGGGGCCCAGUACUGUCCUUGUCUCUACAUUGUCCAGGUAUUUGAUAACACGCCUGCAGCCUUGGACGGCACUGUGGCAGCUGGUGAUGAGAUCACUGGGGUCAAUGGCCGAUCAAUCAAAGGAAAAACCAAGGUAGAGGUGGCGAAGAUGAUUCAGGAGGUGAAGGGGGAGGUGACCAUCCAUUACAACAAGCUGCAGGCGGACCCUAAGCAGGGCAUGUCCCUGGACAUUGUGUUGAAGAAAGUCAAGCACCGGCUGGUAGAAAACAUGAGUUCAGGCACAGCUGAUGCCCUGGGUCUAAGCCGUGCCAUCCUGUGUAAUGAUGGGUUGGUAAAGCGGCUGGAGGAGCUGGAGCGCACUGCCGAGCUGUACAAAGGAAUGACGGAGCACACCAAGAAUCUCCUACGGGCCUUUUAUGAGCUGUCACAGACUCACCGGGCUUUUGGGGACGUGUUCUCUGUGAUUGGGGUGCGGGAGCCGCAGCCAGCAGCAAGUGAAGCAUUUGUGAAGUUUGCUGACGCACACCGCAGCAUUGAGAAGUUCGGCAUUCGGCUACUGAAAACCAUCAAACCGAUGCUGACGGAUCUGAACACGUACCUCAAUAAGGCCAUCCCUGAUACACGCCUCACCAUCAAGAAGUACCUGGAUGUGAAGUUUGAGUACUUGUCAUACUGUCUGAAGGUGAAGGAGAUGGACGACGAGGAGUACAGCUGCAUUGCCCUAGGAGAGCCGCUAUACCGAGUGAGCACAGGCAACUAUGAGUACCGCCUUAUCCUGCGCUGCCGCCAGGAGGCUCGAGCCCGCUUCUCCCAGAUGCGCAAGGAUGUGCUGGAGAAGAUGGAGCUGCUGGACCAGAAGCACGUCCAGGACAUCGUGUUCCAGCUGCAGCGCUUCGUGUCUACCAUGUCCAAGUACUAUAAUGACUGCUAUGCGGUGCUGCGGGACGCCGACGUCUUCCCCAUCGAGGUGGACCUGGCACACACCACUCUAGCCUACGGCCCUAACCAGGGCGGCUUUACCGAUGGCGAAGAUGAGGAGGAGGAGGAGGAGGACGGGGCAGCUAGGGAAGUGUCCAAGGACGCACGUGGGGCCACUGGGCCUACAGACAAGGGCAGAAGCUGGUGUGACUCCUGAGUGCCCCCCUCAAGUGGACCUGGGGGCAGGGUAGUGGGAGGACCGCAGUGGGAGUGGGGCCGGGCCACUGUAGGACAGCGAAGGCAUAUAGUGGCGCAUAAAAGCCUGCUGGCUCGGGGCGCCUGCCUCCCUGCUCCUCUGUCCUUGAACAGUGAACCCAGCCUGCAGCCUGGGACCUGGACUCUAGCCCCCAUCCUUCCUUCCCACCUCCCAGCUAGAGGGAGAGCUGGGCCUUGGACAGAAAGAGAAGGGGCUGGAGCAGGCAGAGCACAGGACCUGUCCCUGUCCCUGUGAGCACCUCGGUGGUGCCACGCCUGCAGGGAAUGGGAGCUGGGUGGACAUCCGAGGCUGUGACCAGUGUACCAGGGCGGCCCCCUGAGUCCAUGUGCACACCUCGGCAGCCUAUAUUUAUUUGUUUCUGGCUUAGCCUCAAGGGCUGGAAGCUGGGCCUGUAUUGAAUAAACAGAAACCCAGACAGAA